CUAGUCUAUAAUUAGUGAUCUGUGUUGUUUAUUUUUGUUUAUUUUCAUUUGUGAUUGUAUUCGCGAUUUUGACCAAAAUUUAAUUAAUUAUUAUUCAUUCAGUUAAAAAAAUACUAUAACUUACAUAGAUCUAAUGGGAUCAGAACUCCAAGGAGAAGAUUGGGAGCUCGCGUGUUCAGAUGACGAACUAUCAAAGAGUGGAGUGUAUAUCGGUAAACAUUGGAUGCCCGACCCAAACGAAUUAGAAGAUCUCUAUAAAUCUAUGGAAAAGUCUGGUACACUGACUCUCGAGUGGAAAUGCCCUGGAAGACGGGCACCGUCGCCAAUUCCCGUGAGUAAGGAGAACCAGGCUGAUAUACCGACGUCUCCGAUACGCGAGGAGAAAUCGGACUUUGAUUUCAUGGAUGAAGUAAGUUCUCUCAGACUGCGUGUUCGUAGAGAAGGCGAGGACACGCUGCGGGGAUCAGCGAAAAAGAAAACCACUUCUUUUGAUGGCAUUCUUUCCAACAUGAUACGGCACAAGAGAAUAGAACAGUUGGAGAAACAAGCCAGCACUCCUACUCCCAAUACACCCACUAGUAGUGCUACUUGAGUAAUGAGUCGAAUGUUUAGGUGGCCAACAAUUUUUCAAAAAGACAUUUCUAACCUUUUUAUUAUAAAUGUAUAGUGAUUGUUGUCCUGGGAGUUACUAUUAAGAAUUUUUAUUUUGUUACUUAAAGAUUUUACAUACAGUACACAAUAAGGACUCAUAAAUCAACUGCACAUCAUAGAAAUACUAUAGCAAAUUUGCAAUUUUUAUGUUGGAAGCACAAAGAAUUUUUACAUCUUGACAUGAAGGUGCAUCAACAGGAAACAGACAUAGAAACCUUUCCUUCUCUUGUCCUUUACAUAUUAAAAGGAUUUCAUCUGGGUUUUGGUUUAAAGUGAUAUGCAGGUAGUGUGACAGUGAAUAACUAAUAAGUUAAAACAAUAUAGACAAUUUAAACAUAAACUUAAUAAUUAUUAGAUUAAAGCAUAUUGUCAAUCAAUAAAAGAGUUACAAAUAUGUUGUAAA